UGUGCAAAUUCGCGAUCCGAUUUAGGGUCAAAGCUCUCAAAUUGGGGGGAGUGAUACUGUUUCUGGGCUCUUUCGAUCGUUCCAUGUCUCUGGUGAUUUCAACUUUUGCAAGCUAUGGUUCAAGGUGACUGUGAAUGAAACUGUGGUUUGAAGAGAAUAUCAAUGGUAGUUAUCUUCUAUAAUGUAUUUUGGACCAAGUGAGAUUGAUGCUGAUGAAAUGGGUUAUGCAAUGAGUAGACUUGAGAUAGAAGCCGAUUUUUGUGAUGCUGGGAAAGACUUUUGUGGAGUUGGUAGUAGUAGUGGUAGUCAAAGAUCAAGUGAACAUCUGCCAGAUUUAGACCAUGAAAUCAGUCAGGUUACUAAAUUGAGAUCUAGUCCUCAUCAACGGUUUAGCCGUGAAGUCCCUGGGAGACAUCAGUUACCUGUGUCUACUGUGAGGAUGUUGGCUGGUCGGGAAAGUAAUUUCUCUGGAAGAGGAAGGUUCUCCGCCGCUGAUUGUUGCCAUAUGCUUAGCAGAUAUUUGCCUGUUAAAGGUCCUUGGCUUGUUGAUCAAAUGGACAGCCGUGCAUAUGUCUCUCAGUUUUCGACUGAUGGUUCUCUCUUUAUUGCGGGCUUUCAGGCAAGCCAUAUUCGGAUUUACAAUGUAGAGAAGGGAUGGAAAGUUCAAAAGGAUAUUCUUGCAAAAAGUUUGCGUUGGACUGUUACUGAUACUUCUCUAUCCCCUGAUCAGCGAAAUCUGGUUUACGCAAGCAUGUCACCUAUUGUUCACAUUGUUGAUGUUGGGUCCGGUACAACCGAGUCUCAUGCAAAUGUUACGGAGAUCCAUGAUGGAUUAGACUUCUCUUCUGAUGAAGAUGGAGGGUACUCUUUUGGAAUAUUCUCUGUGAAAUUUUCGACUGAUGGACGAGAACUUGUUGCUGGGAGCAGUGAUGAUUCCAUCUAUGUUUAUGAUCUCGAAGCAAAUCGAGUUUCACUCCGGACUGUUGCACACACGUCUGAUGUAAAUACUGUGUGCUUUGCUGAUGAAAGUGGAAACCUGAUUUUAUCUGGAAGUGAUGAUAAUCUCUGCAAGGUGUGGGAUAGGCGUUGUUUCAUUGGGAGAGAUAAGCCAGCUGGUGUUUUAGUGGGUCACCUCGAAGGUGUUACCUUUAUAGAUAGCCGUGGAGAUGGUCGCUAUUUCAUAUCAAAUGGCAAAGACCAAACCAUCAAACUGUGGGAUAUCAGAAAAAUGUCUUCAGGUGUACCUGCAAGGCAUGAGGUGCUAAGAAACUAUGAAUGGGAUUACAGAUGGAUGGAUUAUCCUACUGAAGCAAGAGAUCUAAAGCACCCAUCUGAUCAGUCAGUGUCGACAUAUAAAGGUCACUCAGUGUUGCGUACUCUCAUCCGUUGCUACUUCUCUCCAGCGCAUAGUACUGGCCAAAAGUACAUUUACACAGGAUCCAACGACAGUUCUGUCUACAUAUACGACUUGGUAAGUGGAGAUAAAGUGGCAGUGCUAAAGCACCAUAGCUCGCCUGUAAGAGACUGUAAUUGGCACCCGCAUUACCCAACGCUUAUAAGCUCUUCGUGGGACGGAGAUCUUGUGAGAUGGGAAUUUCCGGGAAGUGGUGAGGCACCGAUCAUGAGUAAGAAGAGGGUUCGGAGGAGACAUUUCUACUACUGAUGCAUCUAUAUCUACAGACUACACAUACACAUGGUCUCUGUAAGUCAUACAUAAAAUGUAGAGAUGAAGAUGAUGAUAAACAAUAUAAACAUAAGUAAGAAUCAUCAAAUAAGGCUUUUUAAGUUAAGAAAAAUAAAGGCUUUGGUGUGCGUGUGGACAGUGGACAGUGGACAGUGUCUUGUUGUGUGUGACAAACACCAUUCUCUUCUACAACCAUUUUUAAAAGGUUAAAAAUAUAUGUUUCGAAUGGUAUGCAAUGUAGUAAUAAUAAUUAUAUUACACU